UGCGAUCUUAUUUGGAUGAACGCAGCCCAAGCCCUGCGGUACCUGCGUAAGCGGUGCUUUGGGAAGCGAUAUUGCACGUCUGAUGACGGGGUGUUGCCCUCGUUUUACGAGAUUGACGCAACGUACAACGCUAUGUUUGAAGAAUGGUCGACGGACGAGUACGUGUACGACCUUCCCGCGGCGCAGGUGGUCGUGUCCAAUCCAGCACAUGUGUUCCAAGAUGUGCGGGAUCUGGGGCGUCUCCGUGCAGAGUACCAGCAGCAACCACUACCACCCCGCCACUCGUCCGUCAAGGAUCCAUCAGGAGGCUCGUGUGUCGACGAUUAUGACCUCAAGCACUUGUCGGCUUCACAUCUCGCUGUGGUGCUCACACAUCCACUCGACAUGCUGCACGACCUUGUCAAGGGGUAUUUCCACCUCCGAAGCCUGCCACCGCUCACGCCGACUGAACAAUCAUACUGCAACCACGUAGAGCAAGUGCUAUUGGCGUAUCUGAUCCAAAUGACGCUUCACGGCGGCGACUUCCUCGGGGACGUGCAUGCGUUCUUCCUGGAGCUGAUCCUUCGCCAAAGCGACGACCCGCCAACGCUGGCAUUCACGUUGCUGCACAACUUGCACGUUGCCGUGGAUGGCAACGACGCGGCGCAAGUCGAGUUGUUCUUUAUCCUGUUGGACAUGGUGGACCGCCUCGUGCACUUGUCGCGGCCCAUCGGCAUCUCCACCUUGCCCCUCAUUACCGGCACAUUGGUGGGCAUGGUGCGUCCGUCGUCCUCCUCCCGCGGCGAGUACCUUCCCGAUCGACUCGUGUCGAUUCCGCCAUCAACCCUCAUAGCGUUGCUGCAAGACACUGCGGGUCACGUCGCCGUCGUGGAAAUGCUUGUCCUGAACUUGUAUCUUCGGCACAUGCUGCACGCAGAGCAUCACCAAGACACGUACGGGGCUCGAAAGGGCAAGGAAAAGUUCGGAAAAGGCCUGCCGUUGUGCCCCGUGGACCCGAGUUCGGGCACCCCCGCGUUUGGCUUGGACUCGUUCGACACGAACGACCCGAGCAACACGUCGAUGUUGGACGUGUUGCUGCACCACUUCUUCACCACGCCGUCCAUCGCCGUGCACCGCCUCGUGUUUAUGGUGCUCGUUGACCUAGCGAAACCAAACGUGCAGCUAGAAAAUGGUCUGGUUGAACGGCUGUUGGUGUCCAGCUUGGAGCGUGGGCUUGCGUCGGUCGUCGCUUCCUUUCCGACGGUGCUGCUGCCUGGUCAUCUCAGUGCGUUUCUUGGUCGUUUGGGGGAGGGAGUUGACGGCGGUAACAUGGCGGUCGUGCUCUCGGAGGUGGCACAAGUGGCACGUGUGCACGAGUACUUUGUGCAAUGCUCAACGCUGGCACAUAUUGUUCACAAACGAAGAUGGUUGGAUGUGUCGGUGGGUAGCAACGCCACGUCAGGAGGAGGGGGGCAGCACUUGGAUCCUGUGCAACGGGCCAUGUACUUGAUUGGCAGUGCCGUGCCGGUCGAGCGCUUCAAAGGCCAGCGAUGGCUGGCCGAGUUGCUGUCUGACCCAGCUUUAAAAAAGCCAUCCACCGAUGACGACGAAUUGACUGCACGGACGGUGGGGGUCGACGCGAGGCAGCCGCUGCGCCUCCAAGCUCGUUCGACGUUUUGGCAAGCCGUUCGUUCUAAAUCCAGGGCGUUGCGGCUGGCCAUGGUGCAAGUGCUGGCGCUUGUCGCCAAGCGCCGACUGCUCCUGUCCUCCCUCAAGGGCGCCACGUUGCCCGCAAUCCUUCGAGAAGUCCAUGCAGUGGCCAAGGAGUGGGUCCACGAUGUAGUUGUACCUUUGGACAGCGGGGCGUGGGAGGCGCUCAUGGAGCUCGUGCUGACGCUGUGUUGCCGCCAGCUCAACUUUGUCCACCGUCGAGCCAGGAACCGUCAAAAGGGGGUACUCGACACCUCCGAGCCGGCGUCGGUUCUGCGAGCUGUGACCUGUGGUGCAGUAGCGCUGGACCGCGAUCUGCUGCACGAACUGUCGAGCGACUGCUACCUCGCCGCACUGCAGGCGCUACAGUCGACAGACUCGCGACCGUCGUCGUCGUCGGGGGUCGCAGGGAUCGUGGCUAUGGUAGUCAAAGCAACCUAUGACGACGGUCAACUUUUUGCUCGGGCAGGCGGGAUUGUCAAGUUUCGAUCGUUCCUGGAAGCCCCGUACCCUGCCGUCGUGUCCAUGUACGAAAUGAAAAAAGAUCUUUGUUAGGUUGUCGCAGUUAUUUUGUGAAUGUUUCGACGUCAUGUUGUGGGGCUGUAGCCACGUCGCCGAUUUGAUUGUCAGCAUGAUCCGAGACGCCAACAAGGACGUGUACAUGCAUGCGCUCCAGAACCUCCACCUCCAAGCCCAAGACGCCAGUGACGAGCGCGUGUUGGACCAUCCAUAUGUCCAUUGCCGCCAACUCUUGGCUCGGCUAUACCAUACAGCGAAAAUCCCCAUCGAUUAAAGUUGAAUCCACAAAUUAAUACUUGUACUUGGAAGAUAUUGCUACAGUAUUAAUACCAC